AUGGCCUGGGACGAUAUGGAGAAGGUUCAAGAACCCCCGCCGCGGACCUCACGGUUGGCAUUUAUACGAUCUAAGAAAGGAAUUGCGAUUUUCACGGCCGCCAGUUGUCUCCUUGUCGCAGCGGUGGUAGUAAUUGCCGCUGUCUCUUCACCAACAUCGGCUAUCUUGGUGGCCACAAGUACAGCGGCAACAGCAGUCGGUGUGCUUGAGCCAACAUCGACAUCAGCUUCUACUACAGCUACAUCCACUACAUCAUCAUCCUUUACGUCUAAGACUACUAAAGCCGCAUCUACUACAUCGAAAUCGACAUCGUCCUCAGAUGUCUCUACAUCUUCCGCUACACCAACUGUUGCAAAAUCCGCCACAAACCCUAGCGAUGUUCCUCUGAGAAUAAUGGCUCUCGGCGCUUCCAUUGUUAAGGGAGAGACCUCCCCUGGUUAUCUGGGGUUCCGCAAGCCAAUGCGUGAUCAACUUGUUGACCUGGGUUAUGAAGUAAACAUGGUGGGCUCCGUGAGGCUGGGCGAUUUUGUGGAUAACGACGUUGAGGCGUAUGGGGGCAAGAAAAUUACGGAGAUGCAUAACUAUGCCAAGAAGGCCGUACCCAAGAUGCUACCCAACGUGUUCCUCAUAAAUCUAGGAACCAACAAUCUUCUACAGAAUAAGGAUGUCGACAAAGUGGGACAGCAGAUGGAGGACAUGAUCGACUACUUACUGACAGCGUCCGAUAAAUCGACAGUUAUCCUAAGCACCAUGCUCACGAACAAGGUUGGCGACCUCGAGACCGAGGUCCUGGAUAUGAACAGACAAUAUCGGGAUAUUAUGAAGAAGUUUGAAGCAGAUGGAAAACCUGUCGUUCUGGCCGAGAUGCAUCCUAGCGAGGGCGCUUCAGGGGUUCCCUCAGUAAACGAGAUCGGCCCCGACGGGUCUCACCCUACAGUCCAGGGCUACGAGAUGAUGGGCGGCAUAUUUGUCAAGGCGAUCCAAGAGGCUAGCAAGAAGGGACUUAUUCAAAAGCCGGCCAAGAACGGUAUUCCCGACGAUGGUGAAGCUGGGAGGGAUGGAUUCUAG